AUGCCUGGCUUCAAUGUCCCCAGCUUUGGUAAUGUAUCCACCACCAUCACCUCCAGUGCUCCAGCAUUCAACAUACCAGCCACAGCUCCUCCUGUUCCUGGCUUCAGGUCCCCUGCACCAUGCUUUGGUAUGUCUGUUGACAAAUGUGUACAUGCACUCAAUGGGCCAUGGGAUGUACCUGCCAUUAUCCCCAGUACUCCAGCCUUCACUACACCGGUCACUGCCCCUCCUGGAUCACCUCCCAACAUGCUCACCUCGAACAAUAUAGUACCCAGUGUACCUUAUGCACCUGAUGCACCAGGCAAUACUGGUUCAAAUUCUGGACCCAUCUCACUUACCUACAACAAUGUACCUAGGCCCAUAGUUUUGCUUAUGCAAGGGAACAUUCACACUGUUGCUGGUCAUGUGCACAAAUGUAAACAGUGA